AUGGCCCAUGUGUUAGUGACGGGUGCUACAGGACUUGUUGGCUCUCACGUAGUCGACAAUUUACUACGUCGAGGCAUCAAAGUCAGGGCUGUCGUUCGGUCAAAACAGAAAGCGGACUCACUCCUAGCCGCGAGACAGGAAUUCGCCUCGCAGCUGGAUUUCUUCUUUAUAGAUGAUCUUAGCACCCCCGGCAUCUUCCAAGACGCGGUCAAGGGUAUUGAUGGGGCUAUCCACAUCGCCAGUCCCCUGAAAUACGACGUCGAGAAUUACGAGAGGGAUCUCGUAUUACCGGCUAUUCGGGGUGUUCGCUCUGUCCUUGAAGCAUGCCUCCAAUCGCAAGUGAAGCGAGUGGUUUUAACGUCAUCUUUUGGUGCUGUAUUAGACAUGACCAAAGAAGAAAGUCUGCCCUGGACCUACUCGUCCAAGGAUUGGAACCCAAUUACUUUUGAAGAAGCGGUGAAUCCUAGCGCGACACCGCAGGAUGCUUAUCGGGGUUCUAAGACAAUGGCUGAAAAGGAGGCUUGGAAAUUCAUUGAGGACAAGAAACCACAGUUCGACCUUGUGACAUUAUGCCCGUCGAUGGUAUUCGGCCCAAUGGCCAAUCCUCCCUCAUCAAUCCGGGACCUUAAUGAAUCUAACAGGCUGUUAUGGAGGGUUGCCUCCGGCGGACUAUCUACACCGUUGCCACCUUGCCGUUUCAAUUUCUGGAUAGAUGUGAGGGACUUAGCUGAGAUACAUGUCCAAUCGCUCCUGAAUGAGACUUGCGGAGGUAAACGGUACGUCCCGCUUGCGCCGGAGCCAUUUACAUAUCAGAAAGCUUCGGAGACCAUAAAAGAAAAAUUUCCGUCACUGCGAGAAAAUGUUUCUUCUGGGGUACAGGAGGUGAAGACUCAUAUUAAGGCCGACCUGGAUCUCGUAAAAGAGGAUUUCCCAAACGUCAAGUAUAGGACUUUUAGGGAGACCGUGGUUGACUUCGUGAGCCAAGUUAGCUCUUUAUCAUAGCUUAAAUGAGAAAAUGAUGAGUUCAGUUGUAAAGCCUGUUUGUGUUGUGCCCAAAGGUGAACGAGAAUUU